AUGUAUAUUGGCCAGGUGGCCAAGGACAUCUUGAAGUGGCCUCGUCCUCUCUCCCCUCCUGUGGUAAAGCUGGAGAAAAGGGUGAUUGAUGAGUACGGAAUGCCGUCCACCCACGCCAUGGCAGCCACAGUCAUAUCCUUCACCCUCCUCAUCUCUACCAUGGACAGAUACCAGGACGUACUGGGUGGCAUCCUGGUCACUGCGGUCCUCAUCGUCCUCACCUACCCGGCCUGGACCCUUAUCGACCGCCUGGACUCGGCCAGCCCCCUCUUCCCCGUGUGCGUCAUCGUGGUGCCCUUCCUCCUGUGUUACCACUACCCCGUGUCUGACUGCUACAGUCCAACCAGGGCCGACACGACCACCAUCCUGGCCGCGGGGGCGGGGGUGACCCUCGGGUUCUGGGUCAAUCACUUCUUCCAGCUCGCGUCCGCGCCCACCGAGCCUCUCCCUGUCGUCCGGGACAUCCCGCCGCUCACCGCCGGCAUGUUGGUCUUGGGGCUGACCAAAUUCACCGUGGGCAUCGUGUUGAUCCUUCUAGUGCGCCAGCUGGUGCAAAACCUCUCCCUGCAAGUGCUCUACUCGUGGUUCAAGGUGGUCACCAGGAACAAGGAGGCCAGGCGGAGACUAGAGAUCGAAGUGCCUUAUAAGUUCGUCACCUACACGUCCGUGGGCCUCUGUGCUACGACCUUUGUGCCAAUGCUACACAGGUUUUUGGGGCUGCUCUGAACCCCAAAGGAGUUGGAGGGCAGCCCCCUGCACGAGGGAGCCCAAACAGGAAUGGGGUGGGGUGGGCAGGUUUUGACAAUACAUUUUCCUUAAAAAAAAAAAAAAUCCUUAAGCCACGUGUCUGUGCUGCUGAGAGCGGAGGUCAGUGCUGCUGCUGCGGGGAAGGAAAUACUGUCUCAUAGGGACAUCAGUCCAUAAGCGUCGGGCUGCGGGGGAAGCCAGGCUAAACCCACAGUCCGUUCUUGAGGGGUCCCCCACCCUGUUACGCGGCCUUUGGACCUCGUCGCGGGCUGGCAGGAACUGCGGCCUGGCUUGGGAGAUCCAGAAGAGACAGACAUGAUCUGAGAGGCUGGAGGUCAGGCGUCUCUCUUCUGUUAUGACCUCGCCCAUCACGGGGCCUCACGUCCAGACUUGGAACUUGGGUCCGGAGAAAGGGUGGCUUCGUGUAGAACUGCCUUCCUUGGACAGGGUGACAUUUUUGUUAUGAUCACACUAGACUGUGCCCACUUGGGUGGCAAGAGCACCGUGGACCCCACCGUGGGGCGGUAAGGGAUGAGGGCGACCCUGGGAGAUCGUGGACAGGAGCCUGUUUGCCUCCUCAGUCCCACUCUCCGGGGGGGGUCCACUCGUCUGUGCAUUUUGCAGAACUCCAGGUCACGUUUCCACACUCUUCUGAUCCCUGAAACCCACUAGUUGUCCCACCUCUCUUCGUCGGGGCUUCCCGGUGUGUCCUGCUCUCUCCUGCUUCACCGUGACUUGGGACCAGCCCUCGGCCCAGAUUUAGGUGUUUUAUGCUUCUGUACAAACUGGGGAGGUACUGUCCUGUGCCCGCAAGAGUGGCCCAACAGAACAGAUGAACUGAGUCCUCCCUGGGGCCUGACAGGGAGGGAACCGACCUCCGGGGCCUUGCUCCUCCAUUUCUGUUACUUUCUGUAAACCGAUUUUCUCACCCACCAAAUAGCAUCAGGGACUCCCUUUCCAUCCCCUCCGCCCCCCCCCCACCUUAUCUCUUGGCAAUUUUAAGGGUAAUUAAUGCAAGAACAGGGUCAGCCUCUCUUGGGAAGACAAGCUGACCAAACACAACACAGCCUUUAAGCCCGCGCGUGUCCUCGUGAGGCAUAGGAAGGCCACGACAGGGGGACACGUCCUCUGAGGGCACAUCUUCAGGUCUUAAGGAUAAGGAACACGCAUCAACAAUCUUCUGAAAAGUUGGCAUAAAUGCGUAGUUAAGAAGCAUCUUUUGCUGUGCGGUACCUGAACCACCGAACCCAGUGACUUGAAUCCCAACACGUCAUUUCCACGCACACACUUCAGGGUUAGGCUCUUCCCUCUGCCUCCAGUGUGAAAACUGAAAACCCCGUUUGUCCUGAUUUCAAAUAUGUCCCCUGAUCUUUCUGUCGGGAUGACCUUUGCUAUUCGGCUUAGUGCUCCAGUCUAUUGGGGACAAUGUUGAGGAAACCAUUCUGCCUUUCCUUCAAAUUCUUCUGACAUUGUUCAUAGUUAGAAGGCAGGAAUCAGAAGGACCUGCCAUUUAUUUGACUGUUCUUACAGCAAACUCUGACCGGUAUCUGUGGCAGCAGGAUGGAGGCAGGGGGGAACCCCAACUUACCGGCACCCCUGCCCUGGGCCAGCCCCACCAGUGUGGUGGAUGAGGCAUGUCCCCGCAGCCCUGGAUAAUAGUUAUGCAAGAUGAUUUUAGUUGAUUUUUCUGAAGCUAAUUAGCAAAGGCUCGGGUUUUUCCGUUUGUGUCUUUUGAGAGGAGGGGCCAUAACUGUCAUGGCAGUGGGUGUUGGCAGUUCAUUCAAGUGUGUGUGUGUGUGUGUGAGAUUUUUAAUGCUGUCCUUUGAAGUCCCAACAACAGGACAGCAAUCAGCUGUAUGAAUGUUUUUAAGGCUGUAUUUACACGAUUGGGUGGAGGACGAUUAGCCAUAUCACCUUAAAGAAUGACCCAAGGGCUUGUCACAGGGGUCACUUUUUUUUGAAGUGUCUCGUUUUGCAACUGGAAAAUAAAAAGUGUAUAUUGGUGAAGACCAUUUUAGUUUUUGAGCUCUACUGCUCUGCAGAAACGGCUUGGAAAAGUCACUACCAGCUUCCUACUCUCGCUCACCACCCCUCCUCAGGCACUUCUCACACCCUCCCAGGCCCGCUGUCUCACACACCCCAUCCCUGUCCCUUCAAAGAGCUGGCCUCCUGGCUCCUUGGAGACAUUUGGAUUUUCUCUCUGGAGAGAGACUGCCCCCUGCUGGUGUAGCCUCAGCUGUGGUCCAGAACCCCUCUCCAUCAGGAGACUUGAAGAUCAAGAAUUUAAAAGUCAAGCUCACCAUGAUGUAUCCAAGAUGAGCUUAGGACCUGGGGUCUGCAUUUGGAAGCCGUGACCCCAAAGCCCUCAGGACGACUGGAGCCUCUGGGAGCCCAGCAGAACAUGCCCUCUUCCUCAUGUGCCUCCCCCAGCCCCCUCCCACUCUGGGCCAGGCCCUCCUGCAGCACCCUUCCAACCAGCUGUCACUGCAGGCUGGGUUUGCUCAGACCCGCACCACUACAGAAUACGCAGAAGGAAACACAGAAGGGACCCUGAACUAAAAGCCCUUAAAUGGCGGUGGCCGAAAUCACUCUACAACAUGCCUGGAGGUUGCACUGUAACAUGGGAUUUUUCUGCCCCCAAGUAGGCAACUCAUGCUUCCCGGGUGUAAUCAAAGCAUGUGCUGUUUCAGGGCCAUAUGCUCUGGGUUUCUAUUUUGGAAGCUUUCAGCUGUCUUGCUUAUGUACU